AUGAGGCUAAUCGAUAAGAACCAGCCUCAUUCUGAUCAAUAUAAUGAAAUGGAGCCAGAUACAAAUACUAUCAAUGAGAGAGUGCCACUAAGGUUGAUAUAUAACAUCAACAGAAAGGUGUACAAUGAAGAAGAAUUUGAACAAGAGCAUGACCAAAACAGAUAUUCCCAGCUCAAUAAGGAAUCUGAAAGCCCUAAACCUGGACGAAAGAUCCAAUGCAGAUUCUCAUGUGCACGGUUCAAGAAUUUUAUACUCAAGAUGUUUCCUAUUUUAAACUGGCUUUAUACUUAUCGCAUUACUGAAUGGAUUCUAAGAGACUUACACGCUGGCAUCAGUGUAGGGAUGGUUCAGGUUUUCCAAGGAUUAUCAGGAAUAGCAUUAACCGGAUUACCAAUUCCAGUUAUCAAUAAUUUUUAUUCUGCAUUUUGCUGCUCUUUAAUAUAUGUUAUAUUUGGAACUUCACAACAUUUGUCUAUUGGUUCUUUCAGCAUUCUGAAUGCAAUGGCAGCAAAUUUUCAGAGCAGUCUUAAUUUCAGAAUAAAGUUCCCAAUUAAUAACACUUUGGCCAAUGUUUCUGAUGAAAAUUUUAUGCGGAAUUAUUUGGAAGCAGUAAGUCUCACUGCAUCUACUACAUUUUUAGUUGGGAUUAUUCAGCUCCUUUUAGGCAUCAUUGGCUUGGGAUUUGUCACAACAUAUGUCUCAGAGAGUCUCAUGAAUGCUUACCUUACAGCAGCAGCAUUACAUGUGGUUAUAUCACAGUUCUCUUUCAUCUUUGGAAUUGUAAUUGAUUUUCAUUCAGGCCCAUUGUCAUUUUUUUAUAAUUUGGUAUACUACUGCAUGGGUCUUCCUAAAGCAAAUUCCACUAGUAUCCUGCUGUUUUUGCUUUCUUUACUAUUGCUGAGGGUCGGCAAAUGCAUUAAAAUAACUUACAAACACUAUCCUAUUGAGUUUCCAAUGGAGCUUGUUUUGAUUAUUGUAUUUACAAUGCUUUCUACCCAAACUCAUCUACAUGCUGAAUCUAGUCAGGGAGUUUUUACAAUGACUCCCCACAAGUUUCUGAAUCCUUCACUACCUGUCUUCUCAAAACUGGACAAAAUUAUAUUACAUGCUUCAUCUCUGGCAAUAGUAAGCUACUUCCUUCUCAUUUUUGUGGGAAAGAAGUAUGCAAGUAUUCACAACUAUCACAUCAGACACACUCAGGAUUUAAUAGCAAUUGGGCUAUGCAAUGUCUUCAGUUCAUUUUUUAAGACUUUUUCUGUCAGCUGUGCAAUUUCUACAACUGUUAUUCAGGAGAAGACUGGUGGAAAAACACAGCUUGCAGCUCUGAUUGGAAUUUCCUUAAUGCUGGUGUUAGGAUUAAAACUGGGGUAUUACUUGCAGUACCUUCCAAAUGCUGUUUUGGCUGCCAUUGUACUCGUCAACAUGUUCCCAUUUCUUGAAAAAUUUAUGGAUGUCCCUUACCUGUGGAACCAAGAUAAAUAUGAUUUUGGAAUUUGGAUUGUGACCUUUCUAGUUGUCCUCUGCUUUGGUCUGGAUAUUGGCUUAGGAAUUUCUUUGGGAUUUGCCUUUUUUAUAAUAAGUGUCAGAUCGCACAGAAUGAAGAUGAUGAUAUUGGGUCAGAUUCCAAACACCAAUAUUUAUCGCAGUUUCUCUGACUACAGUGAGGCCAUAGAAAUUCAGGGUGUGAAAAUAUUCCAGUGCUGUGCUUCUAUCUCAUUUGCAAACAUGAAACAUUUCAAAAAGUACAUUUUGAAAAAGAUGGAUAUGAAGGCAGUGCCUCUGGAUGAAAAUGAGAUGCGAUCCUUGAUCUCAGUCAGUAUGUCCAGUGUUAAAGGACAGAGCAAAGACUUAAACUGCGCCUGUGUUUGUGACCCACCUGAGCUGUUACCCAGGGUACCCUAUAGAGAGAAACUUCUAAAGCGAGUUCCUAUUGCUAAUGAAACAUUCUCUGCUUCUUCUUUGGCCUUGGUACGUUGGACAAGAAACCCUUCUGAUAUACAAUACUUCCAAUCUCCAGGAAGAGAAAGGCCGUAUAGCUAUGUAAAGAGGAAGGAGGAUCUGAAUAACAUGUGGUUUUCAUCAGACCCUCGUUUAACAAGGUCUACAACUCAGUUGUAUACACUUGACUCAAAGUAUGCAAUGCAUAUAAUUCACACUAUUGUUUUAGACUUUAGCAUGGUGCACUUUGUUGAUUUACAAGCUUCUUGUUUAUUACGGGAGCUCUGUCAUGUCUUUCAGAACAUUGGAAUCUCAAUCCUGAUAGCUGCCUGUCAUCCCACCAUAAUAAAAACUUUUGAAAAGCAUGAUUUCUUUGACGAAUGUGUUACUAAAGCCCGAUUCUUUCCUACUCUACAUGAUGCAAUACUCUUUGCUGUGGAGCCAAACCUCUUGGAAGAGAUUGUUCCAAUGGAAACCCAAAAUGAAGCUCCUGAGGAUUUGAUGGCAGGAAUGCAUUUAGAUGAUGAAAAGGAUAUAAGAAGUUACCACUCUGGGAGAAGUAAGCAAUCUGAGAGGAGUCAGCAGUCCAAUGGGAUCAGAGAUGCCCCCACACCCAAAACUGUUCAAAGUGAAACCUACAUUGAGGAGCCCAUAUCUGAUCUUUUCCGCACCUUUUCUCUCCAGAGUGACUUAGAGGGUACAUCUCAUCACCCUAUUGAAACAUCUCCCCUUGAGGACAAUGAAGAGGAUCAAGAAUGGGAAAGAAAGUGGAAUUAUUCCAGAGAUAUGUAAAUUAUGAGAUCUAUUCAAAUUAGCUAAAUAAACAAUAGCAAAAAUAUAAUGCAAUUAAUCUGGACUAUGUCUUUUUCCUCCCAGUCCCCUGGGAAUAAUAUUCUAGGUUAAAUGGUUAGCCCUUUUUUGUUGACAUUAUUGCAAAAUGAUGCAACCUUUAUUUAACCAAUAAUUCAUUGAGAGAAAGAAUAUAUAUAUAUUUUAAAAAGUACAUUUUGAUUAGGCAAUGAAAUGUACUGUAAAGCUAUAAAUAUGAUUUAUUUAUUUAUUUAUUUAUUCUUUUUACUGUGUAUGUUUUCUAGCUUCCCAAAAUAAACUUCUUACUUAACUGCAUAUGUAUGGUUUGCAGUUUUAAUACUUUAAAUAAUAAAUUUUGGAUGUAUAAAUGCUGCCAUAUUUUAGAGUCCAAGUUUAGAUACCUAGUGUCUAAUAAGCAAAUACGUUUAUUCUUCUAAGCAGUACAUUUAGGUCAGGAAUAUUAAGUUUUACUUCAGAUUCAGAUAAGAAAUAUCAUUCGAGUUGUCAUAUAUUUGCAGGUCACCAUGUUAAAAUGUUAACAUUCUUGACCAUUUAAACAGUUUUAUUGUUUAGAAUUACAGUACAUUCAUGCUUUUACAUAUUGCAUUUCUUAUAUUGAAGCUUGUUUCAAAUCCAGUAAGCAAAAGCUACCUGUAAAUGUUUUUUAAAGUAGCAUUUCACCUCUUCUCCCAACACAAUUUUCACUAUGGAUAUAAUCUAGCACACUUUGUUAAGCAGUCAAGAAUGGGAACUGUCCAGCUCUGACUGACUGUUUUGGCUGCUGCAGACAGAUCCCCUUCCCUUCUUCAACGCUAGAAACUGCACACUGUGUCAUUUUAACUUGAGAUGCGUUAGAUAUAUGUCUCCCAGGGUUUGAUCUUUAUGAGUAAUAUCUAUUUAACCCUUUCUAAAGCUGUUUUUCUAAAGCAAAUUUUAUGUGACCACCUUAUAAGCAUAAAUUUAGCAUUCCUUGGAAGGUGACUAGUAUUGAUUGAUUUAACAGGGAAAGAGAGCUGUGUUCUUCCAUGUGUGGAUUGCUGUUAAGAAUAUAAGAAUAUAAACACUACCCUGCUGGAUUGGACCAUUGAUCCACUUACUGUUUUUACAUUGGCCAAUCAACUGUACAAGAAAGCCAACUGAGUCACUGAGUACAUUAUAGAUUUUCUGCUGCUUCAGCAAACAAGGGGCCUCACACAGCUAUAACUUUACUGUUUUUAUUACUUUGGCGAAAGAGGGCAGUGUAACUGGGCUACUCCAGUCCAACUCUACAAUUAUACACAAAAAAUCCUUCCAGGUGCUGCUAGCUGCAAAAACAAAAAUGGAUUUACUGUUGGCAUUUCCAUUACCUUGCAGCUCUGGACAAGGCUGAAGUUCACAUGUUAUCAGUCAUUCCCUCCUGCUUCACUCCAGGCUUCUGUUGGACAUGGUUUAGUGUUCUUCCAGAAUAAUGCUAUAUGUGUUCAGAAAUAACGGAAUCAACACAAGCAUGAAUAACAAAUCUGAUGGUAACGCAACUGGACUGAUCAUUGAAUACAUUCCAUGCACCAACAUACAAUUACCCAAUAUCUACAUAUUUUAGGGGAAAUAAUUAUUGUUUUCUAUUAGCAGGUGACACUUGAAGGGAGAGAAAGCAAAGCCAGGGCAAGCCACCAAUUGAUCUCCUUUGGUUUCACAUUAAAAUGAUCGGGACAGCAUCAAUCACUGGCAUUGUGAAAGUGUUAGGAUACGGUAUGGCAACUGGUACCAAAUUUAAUCCCAACAUAAUCUUCUGCUGGUUUAGGGUUUGGGAAAUAGCAUUGCAAUGUGAAUCUGGAGAUUUGUGAAAACCAAUUAUAUAAAAUAUAACUUUUUAUUUAUGUGUGAUUCUAGAUAAUGGCUUAUUUAGUAAUGGUUAAGUAAGCUAUGGCUUAGGGCAGGGCUGUCAAACUCCCAGCCCGUGGGAUGGAUGCGUCAUGUUCAUAUUUGUCUGCCGAGCUAUUACGACUGCGAGGUUCCCCCGCCUCGCAAGAAUGGCCCUCCAGGCUAUCGAGGGCCUACCUUAACGAAGGGUCUUGGGACCCAGAGAGGUGGC